UUGCAGUGUCUUGUUGUCAUGGCGGUGGUUUAAACUGUCCGAAUCACCCGAAACUUAAGAUUUAUGUCGUUUUUACACAUCCGCACUAUGUUACCGGCAUGGCUGCGAAGUUAGGACAGCAAAGGCAGGUGUCCUUUAGGGUGCCAGGUCAUCUGAGUGGUUCCAGCGUUACUGUGGGAUCUCCACAGACUCAGUUGUUGUUUAACAGGGGCUUGCCAGCCAGUGCUUCUAACCGUGCGACUCGUGUCACCUCCCCAUCGCCCAUUGUGAUCGAGAAGCUCGGGCCAAAGGUGGAAGCAGCAGUAAAUGAUGGGGAAGCCAGUACCUGCAGCUCAAUGUGCUUCUCUGUCCUCUCGGAGGAACGGCUGGAGGCCGCUGUCAGGCUGGCAAAGAGAGACCUGCGGCGAAGACGACUGGAGUCCAUUCGCAGCCCUACUCUACAACAGGAGCAAGAGGAAGAGAUACAGAAGACUGGCAGCGUUGAACAUCGACUGAAUCAACACGUUUCCAAGGGAAAAGUUAAAGCAGCUAACCCAAACAAAGAAGUGACAAAGUCUGGUGCCCGUGUCAAAGUGUACUCCCCGCAGAAGCUAGCCCUGCCCCCCAGGCCACCUCACGGCCAGUCACUGCCAACUCGAGACUUUGACCCAGGCACUGAAGUAAGGAACCAGGAGCCAGAUCUCAGCAGGGAAAUACACCGGUUGCAGAAAGAGCUUGGGAGCUACAUCCAGAAGGUUGAGCAGCUGGCUGACAAAGAAAGGUUGCUUGUGGAACCUCUCGAGCCAGAAGAGGAGCGCAGGCUGAAGAUCCGCAGGCAGGAGCAGGCAGCACGCUCAGCUCGCAUCAUUUAUACCCUGCAGCGGCAGGUGAAAGAGAUCCAGGAAGAUCUGGAAAAGUUGUGUUCACAGAAAGUAAAACAGUCAACUAAGAAAGGCAAAGCAGUAGAUAGGUUGGCAGCCGCUCACAGAGGGGCAGUCAGAGCCAUGCAGGUCUUUGUCAGUCAGCUGUCUGACCAGUCAGCAAACUGGAUACCAUCGCACUAUAAAGAGCUGGGCCAGCUGAUUCGACAGCUGUCUCUCUGCUCUGCCAAGAUGGAGGUGGGGAAAGGCUCCUCUGUCCCCAAGACCACAAUCGAUAUUUUGCACCAGUUGGAGGCCCUGGACUCAGUACUUGGAAAAAGGGACUUGCGAGUACGAAGUUGCUCUCCCCCCAGACAGAAGUCCCCCAGGGAAAGACGUCAUAGUGCUUCCCCGCCCCGAGCCACGGGGAAGGUCCAGCAGCCCCACAGACCCAUCCCUGUGAAAAAAAGGUUUCCAGUCAAGAGAGUCACGGCAUCCCGACUCAGAACAGACAAAUCCAUGGCACCAGGCCGCAGUGAGGUGCUCCGGGCAGCACUGAAGAGCUUGAUUCACACCAGAGAGCUCAACGAGCAAGCAGAGAGGCAUGCACUUGCUAAUACCAAAGGUGUCCAGCUACCUGACAGGCGCGCCCCUCCUCGUGACACGGGGUUCCAGCUGCCUACUGUAUCAUCCCGCUUAAAGGAGAGUCAGCCUCCACAGAAAGAGACAACUGUGCCGUGGAUGCCUACAUCUCCCCACGCCUCUCCACCGCGCAGCUCCCGUGGCAGAACACCAGGCAGCAAGCUGGAGCCACGAUGCCUGUUCUCUUCUGUGCAGCAGCCAGCUUCCCCCAGGGAGUGUCCUGCGGCUCAGCAGGAGUCUGUACAGCAGGACCUGGACCCAGAUAAGAUGCGACAAGCCCGCAACGAAACCCUCAGGCAAGCCUGGCUGGAAAAGAAGACAACACAGAGGUUAAAGGAGCUGAACCAGCUCAGCAGACAGGAAGCGGAGCACAUCCUCAAACUCAGGUCUCAGGUGCCAUCCCCCACCAGCUGGGCAGAGAGCGCAGAGAGAGCAGCCCGAGAGAAGUUACGUCCACUUCUGGACCACGCCCAGGAAAUCAGUGAUUUAUACAACUGGAAGGGUACCUCGCUGAGGCAUCGGCUGUCUAAGCAGGCUGCAGAAAAGGCCGCUGCCAGUGCAGACCUCCUGAGCGAGGCCAUUCUGGAGGAGCUGCUGGAAGACACAGCACAGGCCUUGUGGGCAGUUGAACGGGACAACCAAAUUGAAGAGCUGGCUGAGCAGCAGCUUCAGGGCCCAACUUUGGAGAGCAUGCUCUUCAGGAUGGAGGAGAUGGAGAGAGACCAAGAUGCAGUCCGCCAGCGCUUCGCACACAUCUCGUACUCGGACCCCCAGUACUGGGCAGCAGAGGAACGUGCAGGACCUCCUAGGGCUGCUCCUGGCUGCAUUCCUGGCUCCCCUCGGCCCAUGCGACUCACCAAACCUGCUCUUAGGCAAGAGCCCGCGGUGGACAUACUGCUGGUGAAUCCUGUGGAGAUAGGUGUUCCACCUGAGACCUUCCCUGUGGACAACAGCCCCCACCAGAUGCCGUCCUCCACUGCCAGCAGGAUGGCGACAGCGUCGGCACACACCGGUGCCACAGUUCUCUCCCUCCCGACCAACAUGCAUCAUAGCAUUCUGCGCUACAGACAGGAGCAUGAAGCCUACCUGCACCUGAUAUCCCACGAACCAUUGGGAAACUUUGACCCCUGGACCAUUGCUGAAAGUCUGGCAGAGGAGCUGCUGGCAGACGCGUUGGGGGACGUGGCCGCAGAGUUCCAGAACAUGUGCGAGGAGUACGCUGAAGCAGUCUACACCUCCGAAUUCCUGCAGCCGGCGCCGUCUCCGGCAACCUCACACCUGCCUGCCGGAGACUGACAUUUCUGUGCUGUAAUUGGCUUGGGUUAAUUCUUUACUCUGUGUAUGUGUGUGCUCGCAUUUUUGUGUGUGUCAACUUAUAAACGCAGCAGCGGUUGGACAUGGUCUGAACACACUCAGCCUAUACUGUGAGGACCUAACUGUACUCAUAGUGCUGCAAGCAGUAAGAUAUCUGCCUUUCCACAUAGCACUCGUGGGAAUGCAUUACUCUUCCGCUCUAUUUAUGUUGUAAAUACCAAUGCAAAAAGAAUUGGGAGAGGCGAUGUUGUUAUGGGCUCAAAAAGACAAUGAUCUAAAAGAUCUGCUUUUCCACAUGUGCUGUUAUCUGUCAUACGAGGGCACGAUAAUCUCUCCACAGGUGCAGCUUCUGAAAGAAAGUUUAUUUUCACCAAACAAGGGUUCUUUAUAGCACUGAUGAUGAAAUGGACUACCUCAGAGCUGAUUUUUCUGUUUGGUGCAAGGGCUCUGUGUCCUCAAAUAUUCAACCAACUCAGUGUACUUUCUCCCACCUUCCUCUGUCAGGUCCCACACCAUUGCCUUCCCUCUGGCUAAAUGGUCUUUCUUCCACUGUUGUGUAUUGGAGUGUUAAAUUGAGACUGUUGUCUAUAGAAGUGCUCUAUUCCAUCCUUUUCAACUGCUUUCAUAACACAGAUUAUACCCUCAGGGUCUGGGAUGGAACACACACAUGCACUUUUGGUGUGGCUUUUACUUCUGCUCCGUUUGACUGUUGUACACCUUGUUUUCUGUGCGUUAACGUGCGAGU